AUGAGCGAUCUAUCUGAUUUAUUGAUGGACAGUCCAUCUCCGCCAUCCACCCCCGACAGGGCUGCUCUGGACGAUAUCCCUGACUUAUCCAACAGAGUCGUAUUUGUGACACGAGCGGACACGGACACUGGCAAGGAGAUAGCGCGUGUCUUCCUGGAGCGCAACGCGAGGGUCUAUUUAGGGUGUCAGGCUUCAAACAUCGGUAAGAGACUGAGCGCAGAGCUCAAGAUGAUAACGGCAAAGGGCGCCGCCCCCUGGCUACCUAUCGACCUCUCCAAUCUCCGUACAGUCGAAGCUGCUGCUCGCGAGUUUCUGAAAAAGGAAACACGGUUGGACUUCCUGUUCCUCUCCUCGAGAGCACUGGGCCCUCCAGGCCAAACGCCGAAACGGAGCCAAUUAGAUGAAAGAGCGAACACGGACAUCCUCGGACGGUUCUAUCUUCUCCAAAUCCUUACCCCAAAUUUGAUUAAUACGGCCGAUUCCAUGUGUUUGGAUGGCAAACCUCGUGUCAUCAAUAUCUCGACUCUCGAAAACAACGGAAGAAUACCUCGCUCCAUUGCCCCGCACUUCACCGUAGUCACGAAAACGUUCGGUGCUCCCCGUCGCAGCCAGUUUCAAGAAGAAUCUCUUUUCUCCGAUGCGCUCGCCCGAAAGUACGGCCCGCAAGGACUUAUCUCCAUCUUCCUGCGUGAAGGGGCCUUCAUGGCCGGUUCUCAUCAAGAGAGGUCCAUUUUAAUUUCGAGUUUCAUUAGCUGGAUGUUGUGGCCGGUUUCCCGAGGCGCUAUAUCAUCUUUGUAUGGCAGCUCAUCAUUCAAUGAGGUGGGUAUCGCCGCCUUCGCGACCGUGUCGAUGGGGGCAAGUACAAGGCUUCUUACUUACUGGUGUCCUCACCUCCAGAAUCCCACACCCUUGGCACGUAUUGGACGCGCCAAAGUGACGAAAGAUGAGGAGAAAGAACAAGAGGAUUUCUGGUCUUGGCUGAAGGCUGAAGUCGAAAUUCACGAGUCAGAGUAA